ACAUCCGUUUCGCACGUGUUGCGUGUAUAGAUGCGUGAAAAUCUUAUACAAGACGAAAUACGAUCGAACACGAUUAAUUAAUGAAAAAUUAUUAAUUAACGCAUCGUUAAUAGACUAAAAGAAUAUCGAUAUCGCGAAAAUAUAAGCAGAAAAUUCGAAAUAAAAAGCGAAGGUAUAUAUUAUUUUAUAAUUUCGAUAUAAUCAAAACUGUAUUUCUUCUUAAAUAUACAAUCACUUUUGUUCUCUUUGUCUCCUCUUAAUUCUCUCUGGCUGUUUAAACAACAUUGCUUUCUUUCAUUGCAAUGUUUGUAAGUGAUAUAUUAUCGAUAUUCGGCAGAAAAAUUUUUAUAAACGAGGUAUUUGUUAUUGUUUUGAUAUCUGACAUUGAAGUGCACGAACUGUGUGAUUUAGUAUAUAAAUGAAAAUAAUAUAAAAGAGAGAAGAAUACGUCCUUUAUACGCAGUUCAAAGCAGAGCAAUAUUAGAAGAAUUGGGGAUAUUUUUAUGAUCAAACAGAAGUAGGACAACAUGGAUUACUUAGAUAUUUUUAAAAGAAAUAAAAAAAUAAAAAAGAUCCAAUUACCACCUCCAUACAGUGAAAGAUUUCAACCUAGUGAUAUGUCUUUAAUAGACAAUCUAUUAAAUUUCAAUUCAACAACUACAAGUAAUGCAACAGGUACCAAUUAUAUAGAAGAAUAUAUUAAGAAGGAAGAAGAAGAGCUUCUUCAGUCUGCUGUAAGUCACAUAUCAAAUACUUAUGGGAGUGGAGCUAAGGUGGAUGCAGUAUCUAUGGGAUCAAAUCCUGUUAUACAGGAACUUAAUAAUGAAAAAUUAACAAAUGUAUAUAGAACAUUUAACUUUGCCUAUCGUCCAAAAACUAAUUUAACUAUCACUACAAUGAAAGACCGUAUAAUCUCAAUGAUCGAUACAAAUCCUGUAGUUAUUAUAGAGGGACCAACUGGUUGUGGCAAAACAACACAAGUACCGCAAUUUAUUCUUGAUUCUUGUUAUAAAAAAAGAGCUCAUUGUAAUAUCAUAGUAACUCAACCUAGACGUAUUGCUGCUAUUAGUAUUGCAAAAAGAGUUAGUCAAGAAAGAGAAUGGCCUGUAGGAACUCUUGUUGGAUAUCAAGUAGGCAUGAUAAACAAUACAUCUGAAGAUACCCGUUUAACAUAUUGUACAACUGGUGUGCUUUUACAAAAAUUAAUAAAUACAAAACACAUGUUGGAGUAUACUCAUAUUAUACUAGAUGAAAUUCAUGAACGUGAUCAGGAAUUGGAUUUCCUGUUGCUUAUUGUAAGAAAAUUGUUAAGGACAAAUUCACGUACAGUGAAGGUUGUACUUAUGUCUGCAACAUUUAAUGUUGAAAAAUUUGCUAAAUAUUUUUCAUCACCUGUCGGCAAUAAACUUGAACCUGCACCUGUCAUUGAUAUUGCUAAACGAACUUACUUUAAUAUAAACAUUUAUUAUCUGUGUCAACUUGGUAUGUUAGGACCAUUACCAGAAGUAUCACGAGAUGAACCAAAAGUAACAAAAAAUAUGAUGGAUUUUUGUGUACACAUAGUAAUUGUUCUUGAUGAACUAGAUAUGAAGGCAGAUGAUGCAGCAUAUGACAGUAAAGCAGGUUUAUAUAAUAGACAUGUAAUUCUUGUAUUUUUGCCAGGAAUUAAUGAAAUAGAAGAAAUGCAUAACAUAUUAACAUCUGCGAAAUAUGAAAACUCUAAAUGGGAUAUUAUCGUUUUACAUUCAUCAGUUACAAAUGAAGAACAACACAAAAUUUUUGAACAACCUCCAAAAGGCUAUCGUCGUAUUAUUUUAUCAACAAAUAUUGCUGAAAGUAGUAUUACUGUACCCGAUGUGAAGUAUGUAAUCGAUUUUUGCCUGAUAAAGCAACUUGUUACUGACCCAAAAACUAAUUUUCAAUGUUUGGAACUUUCUUGGGCUAGUAAAGGCAAUUGUCAACAACGUGCUGGUCGUACAGGUCGUAUAAUGGAUGGAAGAGUAUAUAGAUUAGUACCAAAAAAUUUUUACGAUUCAGUACUACAUGAAGAAGGAAAUCCUGAAAUGUUAAGAGCUCCUCUUGAAAACUUAGUACUUCAGGCAAAAAUUCUAAACAUGGGUGAACCUAAAGCUAUUUUAGCUUUAUCUCUUGAUCCACCUGAUCUUAGCAACUUAGAGCGUACAAUACUCUUAUUGAAAGAAUCUGGUGCAUUACUCAAUAAUAAUGAUAAAACACAACUUUUUGAUGGUGAAUUAACAGAUCUCGGCCGUAUAAUGGCUGCUCUACCAUUAAAUAUUUAUGUUACAAAAUUGAUUGUAUUAGGUCAUCUCUUCAGUGUUUUAAGAGACAUGAUAAUAAUUGGUUGUAGUAUGACUGUAAAAGAUAUGUUUUGUAGCCCAUUUGGAAAGAAAUUAUUAGCUUAUAAUGUAAAAUUUAGUUGGGCUUGUGAUUCAGAAAGUGAUUGUAUAGCAUUUCUAAAUGUUUACAAAGUAUGGACAAGUGAAAAAGCAAAUCGUCGUUUAAAUAAUAAUGCUACGGAAAAGAGAUGGGCACAGAGACAGUUUGUUCAAAUAAAAGUAUUACGUGAAAUUGAAGCUCUCGUAUAUGACGUAACUCAAAGAUUGAAAAAAUUUGGUAUAACUGAAAGUGUUGGAAUUAAUAAAGUUAUGUGGGAUGAUGAAGUACGACCAUUUGUUCUAAAAAUUGUAAUUGCUGGUGCAUUUUAUCCUAAUUAUUUUAUUAAACACCAAAAUAUUGAAGAAUUAAAAGAGGGGCAUAAGAUCUUGAAUGGAUUAGACUUAACAAAUACAGUAUAUUUGCAAGGUUGGCCAUUGAAACAGCCAGGACUUCUGUAUGCACGCAAAAUUCAAAAUAUUUUUCAGGAUUGUUUUAAAUCUUCUGCCGGAAAAGUAAACGUUUCUUUUAAAUUUUCGCGUAUAUAUCUUCAAUUUAGUAAAAAUUAUACAGAUGAAGAAAGAAAAAUUCCACUUUCAGUAUAUAGAUCUAUCAAAAUGAGACAAUGUAAUAUGCCUAUUGAAGUAUCUGUUUUAAGUGAAAAAAACGCUCUUGAUUUAGCAAAAAAAAUGAAUCUUAAAGACAAGUCAAUAUUUUUUAAUAACGAUAUUUCUAUAAAAGAAGGCAAAAAACCUGCUUAUAUUAAUCCGAAUCUUCCAGGUCUUGAUAUUUCAUACAUUCCAAUUAAAAUAAUAAAUGUCAUAGAUCCUGGUCAUUUUUGGAUACAUAUAAAUGAUAAGGAUACAUAUGAUAAAAUAAGGCAAAUAAAAAAAGUUCUGAAUGAAGAAAAAUCAUUAAAAGAAUUCGAUUCUCUUCCAAAGAUUAACUCUCUUGUAGCUGUUCCAUUCAAGAAAACUCUUCAAGUAGAAUUUUACCGUGGUGUAAUAAAAAAUUAUAUCGGAAAAUCCGAUAACAAAUUUGCUUUAUGCCAAUUAAUCGAUAUAGGCCAUACCAUAAAAAUUCAUCCAAACGAUAUACGGCAAAUUAUACAUUGUAAAGAUAUUAUGAAAAUCCCUGCUUUAGCACUGGAAUGUGUUUUAGCUAAUAUUCAACCUUGUACGAUACACAGCCACAAGGUAUAUUGGCCUCAGGAAGCUAAUAACAAAUUUCAUGAGUUACUUGAAAGCAAUGAACAAAUAUUUGGUGAAAUAUAUUCUGUCGUUAAUAGUGUUAUAGCUUUAACAUUGAUAGCUGUAACUACAGAUAAGAAAAUUAAUAUCAAUCAAAUAUUAAUAGAUCAAGAAUUAGCAAUGCACAAAGAAGAAAGUUAUUUAUCACGAUUGAACAAUGAUUUACGAAAAAGAUAUGAAAAUAUGAGUGCAACGCAACUUCUUUAUUAUGAAAACAUGCAAUACGAGGAUUAUAAUUCAUGUGAUGAUUAUCCUGAUCCUCCUGAAGAUUCGAAAUGCGUUUCAACGGUACGUUUACGUGGUCCUUUUUCUCCUCUCGAAUGUUCCUUACGACAUCUUACAAUUGCUGGUAGAGAUAAAAAGGUCAUCAUCGAAACAAAUUCAGUUAAUUCAGUCCUUCUGGAUAGUAAUUGGAAGGAACAACAGAAACAUCUCUUGGUAGCUGGAACUGUAAGCCAGAAUGUAAAUGGUAGCAAUUUAACAUUACGUAAUACCACUUUAAUACCUGCCAUUCCUGGUUUAACGGCUUUACUUGCUUUAAUUUUUACACCACGUAUGGAGUUACGACGUAAUUCUUCCGGUACAUGUUACGUUGGAGCAUUAUGUGGAUUAGGAUGUGAUAGUUCUACUAAAGAAAGUCUUUUUCCAGAACGUGAUAUGGAAAUAUAUUUCGAUGUUGAGAUAACAUUUGAUGAUUUACAAGAUAUAAAUAGACUGCGACAUUGGAUGAAUAUCGGCAUGCACAUUAACGAAAAGAUUGAAGAAAAUAAUAAUUUUGAAGAAAUAGUUUCUUAUCAAAAUAAAAUAAAAAUUAUAUUAUCGAAACUUAUGGAUAAAUGUAGAAAAAAGCAAGAUUCUGAAAUGUUGAUGAAUUUUCAUAAAUGGGGAAUGUAUGAUGAAUUAUUAUUUCUACAACCUAGUAGAAUGACUAUGGUCAAAAAUAAUAUUUACAGUUUACAUUGGGCAUUAGAAUUGGAAGAGAAAAAUGAUGAACUCGAAAAAAUGACGAAUCAUAUCAAGGAAUUACGUAAUUUAGCUUCAGAAGAUGAACGAAAAUUACCAAAUAUUGAGAUUUACUGCGAUUUCUGCAAAGUACCUAUAUAUAGUAUUCCAAAACUUCGUAUACAUUUGUAUACAUUGGUACAUAGAGAAAAUGAAAAAAAAUGGAAUAUUAAACUUUGAACAUUCCUUUUUGGCAGAACAUUUCCAAUGAUGUAAGACGUAAUAUUUUAAUUUUUAAUACAACUUAAAUUAACAUACAA